GCGUACGUCGUCGUUGACAGAUAAUAAAAAGUCCUUUCCUCUCGGGCAAGAUGGAUUGUCUGGCCGGCAAUGUCAAAACGUCGGAUUUUUAUCAGACAAACGGUUUGCCGAAGCGUUUCGAGAAUCCCGGCUGGUUUUACGGAUAUGGUACUCACAGACGCCCUCAGCCGCAUCCUUUUUACAACACCACCAGCAGCGAGUAUGGGCGAUUUGCACCAAGUAUUCACAGCGUGCCGACAAAAUACUUUCCAAGAAACCAGGCGUUCUCAAGAGGUUUAGCUGAGGGAGGUCCAUACAGAAAUUACUCACUGAAUACUGGAACAAACAUUUAUUAAACCUGCCCAUUCUUCAUCAAUAAAUAUUUACAUUUGGUGUAAAUCUAAUUUAUUAGAAUAAAGAACUGAAUAGCA